CUAGACUAGGUUGUUUUGUUUAAUGAAAUGGUUAGAAAUACUUAUUACUGGGUAUCGCCAGUGAUUGGAAAAUUUCAUGGCCAUUAAAAGUAAAUAUCAACCAAUCCGAUAACAAUACGUUCAUAGUCAAAGCGUAAUUCUUAUUGGUCAAUUUGCAGCAGUUUCACCUUGAAUAAACAUGAUUUUAAUGUCCUUCAAAAGAAAAACACGUGGGCGACAAGCGCUUACUUACCACUAGUAGUCAUAUUUGCAUGCAAAACUCUACUGUCUAGAGCGCCAAAAUCACUUCUUAAUUUUGUUGUUGUAAUACUCGACUGAAAAUAAUUUUGUGGAUUAAUCUCUAAUCGUCAUUGUCUAUUGUUAAAUUGUUCAUGUUAAUAAUGGAUGCAUUUGUUGAAGCAUUUUUCGCAAUUGAUCAAGAUCAUUCAGAGACAAUUACAAUAGAAGAAUUACAGACAUAUAUGGUGAAAAAUGAUAUGGAUCCAGCGUUUAUUGCUAGAUGGCAAGAAUUAUUUGAUCCUCAACAGACAGGAGUGAUAACCCUGUCUAAAUUUUGUGAUGUAUUAGGAUUAGAAGUGGAAGCUUUACGAAUUAAAUAUGUUGAACAAGAAGAAGCAAAACAAGUCGUUGAUUUCGACUCAUCAUCUAUGGAAAAUAUUCAUGCUAGGCAACAGAAUGGUGAAUCAGAUCACUAUGAAAAUAAUUUGGAUAAUGGUUUAUCUGAGGAGAUAACCGACUUGAAGAAUUAUCAAGAGAUAUCAGGUGAUAUGCCGAUUGCAUUGAAGAAGGUGAUUGUCAAUAUAGUCAGAAAAGGUGAAAAACUUUAUGAAGACGAUGAUAAAGAAUUAGUCAAAUGGAUCAAAUUACGCUUAGAUCGAAAAUUCAAACGUUUAUGGCAUUGUGUAAUAGUCCGUGGCCAGUAUGCAUCAUUCUACUCCUAUCAACCAGGACAUUCAUUCUGUUUUCGUAUAGGAUCACGUGUUUUCCUAUUGUUUAAAACACCAAGAAUUUAAAAAUAGGAAACAUAAUUAAAUAAAAAUUUUGUUUAUUUUUAUUCUUCUUUGCCUUGUUUUUUGUUUUGUUUUGUGUUUGUUUUUUUUUUGCGUACUCACCCCUUCUUUCUGGUCAUUAAAACACAAUAUAUCAUUGAGUAAUAAUCAUAAUAAUGAUAAAAGUAAUUGAUGCGUGCUCAGUGUAAUAUAUACUGUAGUAGAAUCAUUAAUAAUGAGAAUAAUAAUAACAACAAAAAUAGGAUGGGCAAAAUGUCCCUCCCUCCGCCCCUCGGCCCUCACAUGUUGUCCACUUUUGUUUAUUGUCUGGAUUCUUACCUAUUGUGUAAUUAGUUGUUGUUGUUGUAAUAAUAGU